GUGUGCGUCGUACCCCAUGAUACCCCUGUUUUCGGAGAAAUGAAUUUUUUUCUUCCCUAUUGAUUUUUGCCAAUCUACGAAUUCCACUCGAAUUAUACCUGCUUAUCUACCACAUGCAAUGCUCCUUUAGGCAUAAGCGUGCCACAUUUUAUCCGUAUAAUCGUUGGAAGACGUUUUUUCAACAAUUGUUAUUUUAGAUUUCUGUCUGUUGCUUGGAUUGAAUGCAAGUUAUGCGCGUCGUAUCCUCAUGAUGGGAAAAGAGCGAACGUUGGCGUGCGAUUUUUUUUUUUUCAUAGCCAGGACAAUUAAUAUGUAGAUAUCAGAAUGCUGGUACAGUUUGCAAAUAUGUGUAAAUAUUAUUCAACGCAAUUCGCACGAUUAAAAAAUACGAUUCGUGCUAAUAUAGAGGUCUUUAUAAUAUGGAUAAUACAUAGGUAGAGAAGUUUGAGAACCAAGAAUCACAAUUGAAUGGUUACGCGUCAUGUCAAGUAACGUAGCAGAGAUAAAGUUGGAGGAAGGUCCAGAGUCUGUGACGGAGAUCCAGACCUACUUAGAGACUUUUAACAAGGAAAUUGAAGGUGGUCAGGGUGAACAACUGCAACAUGUGCAAUUGCAGCAAGUAGAAGGCCUUGCGGGAAGUGAUGAUGGAGGUACUUAUUUUGUCGAUCAAUCUGGCCAGUAUUAUUACCAAGCAAGCAGUGACGAUGCACCAGUCAUAACACAGGUACAAAUUCAGGAAGCUGAAGAUGGAGAUGUACAGAAUGAGGGAGACGAAGUUGUGGAAGAUCAGUAUCAUGAAAUAGAAGAGCUAGAGAGUGUGGACACUGGCGAAGAUGCUGGAAAACAGGAAGUAGUAUCGACAAAUGGGAGUAAUCAGAUGGUUAUAAAUUCCGGGGAUGCUUAUCAAACAGUGACUAUUGUGCCAUCUGAUACAAAUCCAGGAGAAGUAAGCUAUGUGUUAAUUGUUCAGCAACCUGAGUCUGAAGAGAAAGAAAUCAGAGCAGAUGACGCAGAAGUAGUUGAAGGGGAGGAUGGGGAGCAAGACCUGACGGUCUAUGAUUUUGAAGAUAAUGAAGACAACGAAGCACCUGUUGAAUCUGAAGCUGAAGAUGAUAAGACUAAAAUUAUCAAGUUCAUCCCCAAAAAAUCGCAGACUGUUACUCAGGCUCACAUGUGCAAUUACUGCAACUACACAAGUCCUAAGCGCUACCUCUUAUCACGCCACAUGAAAUCUCAUUCCGAGGAAAGGCCACACAAAUGCAGCGUUUGCGAAAGAGGCUUUAAAACCUUAGCCUCUCUACAGAACCACGUCAAUACGCAUACAGGAACAAAGCCCCAUCAUUGCAAAUUCUGUGACAGUGCUUUUACUACAUCCGGUGAACUUGUAAGACAUGUUCGGUACAGACACACCCAUGAAAAACCGCACAAAUGCCACGAGUGUGAUUACGCCUCGGUUGAGUUGUCCAAACUUAAACGACACAUUAGGUGCCACACCGGAGAACGUCCCUAUCAGUGCCCGCACUGUACAUACGCAAGUCCAGAUACCUUUAAGCUAAAGCGUCACUUGCGUAUUCACACCGGUGAAAAACCAUACGAGUGUGAUAUUUGCCAAGCAAGAUUUACGCAAUCUAACAGUUUGAAGGCACACAAGUUAGUCCACAAUGUAGGAGAUAAGCCAGUAUUUCAAUGUGAACUAUGCCCGACUACCUGCGGGAGAAAGACGGACCUCAGGAUUCACGUUCAGAAGUUACACACCUCUGAUAAACCCCUCAAAUGCAAGCGAUGUGGCAAGACAUUCCCUGAUAGGUACAGUUACAAACUUCACAAUAAAACACACGAAGGUGAAAAAUGCUACAAGUGCGAUCUUUGCCCUUACGCGUCAAUAUCAGCGCGUCACCUUGAAAGUCACAUGCUAAUUCAUACAGAUCAGAAGCCGUACCAAUGUGAUCAUUGUUACCAGUCGUUCAGACAAAAACAAUUGUUGAAACGUCACUGCAAUUUAUAUCACAAUCCAUCUUACGUACCGCCACCACCUCAAGAGAAGACCCACCAAUGUCCGGAGUGCGAAAGACCUUUCAGGCAUAAAGGCAAUCUUAUUCGACACAUGGCUGUUCACGACCCAGAAUCAUCUCUUCAAGAAAAACAGCUUGCUCUUAAAAUUGGUCGUCAAAAGAAGAUCCAAAUCAUUGAUGGUCAGAGGGUUGAAGUCAUGACUGGAGACUUAGCUUCUAAACUUAAAGGUUAUGACGAUGAAGAAGAAGAAGACGAGGAUGAAAUGAUGGCUGUUGAAGGAAGCGAUGGGCAACAGUAUGUUGUCCUCGAAGUUAUUCAGUUAGCUGACAACCAAGGAACUGAUCAGCAAAUGGCAGUUGUCGCCAGUGAAGAUGGUGAUUUGGUAAUGCAAGAUCCGUUGGGUCAAGAUGGCGUAGUUGAGGGAACAGAAGAAAUGGGAGAGGAGAUGGAAGAGGAGGAGGAAGAAGAAGUUGUAUUGAAACUAGAAGAUUCGGCUCCUACUCCCCCUCGUCGGUCAACACGAUCGUCACAACCCUCUCAAAGUGACCCAAAGUUGAGAAAAGACAUGGAGACUUGCUUUGGUUUUGACGAGGAAGAAGAAGAAGAUGACGAAGAUGACAGCAACAUCCACCUACUGCAGUCAAUUUCGUAAUAAAGGAACAGCAGUGGUAACGUACCUACCUACUUAAUAGUCAAAUAUUUUUCUCUUAAUAAUUUGGUAUACCAUACUACACGUGUAAGCAGUGACAUUGCCGAGACUUUAAGAGCAGAGUAAAGAAAAAAAAAAAAAAAUCCGAAAAACAACAAAAAAAUUCAGACAUAUUAUGAUACAUAAUUUAUGAAUAUGUAGUAAUUCUAAGGUUUUAUAGGAUAUAUUAUGAGAUAACGUAUGUAUUGUAAUGUUAUGUAAAGAAAUACGGUAGAAAGAUUGUAGCAAACCAAAUUUCACCGAUAUUCAUUAAAGUGAUUAGCGAGGAUUAAGGAUCUAGAUUUACUUUAAAGCAUUAUUGUUAGUGACAUAUGAUACGGCAUAAUAUUUGGAAUUUGUUAUUUCGAAGCAGAGAGAGUCAAACAAUUGAAUUGAGAAAAAUAUCAAUUAUCCGAACUUUGGUAUACUGAUUUCAUAAAAUAUGGUAAGCAACUGUCAUUGAAUCGAGAGAUCAGGUGGACCUGCAAAGUUAGUUCAGUUAAACGCGCUCUGUAAAUAAGUGCUCAUUGUAGUAAUAUUUGAUUAUCUUUUUAGUCUAUCGUAUACUUUGGGUCGAUUAACAAUAAUUAAUAACAUAGCAAUGAAACUACAAUAGGAUGUACUCGGAUUGAACUUCACAACGCGUCUUGUACGAACUCGUCGCUUUCAUUACAUUAAAAAUUUUUCCUUUUUUUCUACACAUCAACAAAAGUACAUUGUACUUACAUUCGAUAGCGCUACAUCGAUUGGUAAACAGUGGCGCCUAUUUACCACCAGUUAUUGAAAAGAAACUAUUGUUUCGGAAUCUUGCGUUCUGAAGAGCUAUGAAAUUCGUGUCUAAUUUUAUUUAGUUUUUUUUCAUUCGACGAACUAGCAAAACUUUCAGUUAUUCCUCACGGUUCGUAUUAUAGAGGCUCACUUAUUGUUCCGGGUUGAUUGGAUUUGUAGUUUCGUAUUAGUACAAUAUAAACCCAAUUGAUUGAUAUGUACAAAGGAAAAACAAAUUCUUGAAAACUUGAAGUAAAAAUAUGUAAUCGGGCAGAAUAACGAUUUCACUGACAAGAGAAUCAUUAAAAUUUAUCUUAUUGAGGUAGCAUGGCAAUUAUUUUGAUUGAUUACUACAUUUUUUCACUGCAAACACGAUGGUCAAAGUAUGUGACCUCAAUCGGUGAAGUAUGAAGAAUAAAUUGACGAAUUAAUAAUCGAUAAGAAUUUCACGUUCAGUAGCAGUAUGGUUUUUACGUUUACUAUCAUAUACCUUUCAUUGCGAUGGUUUAUAAAAAUAUUUACUAGUUACUAUUAUUGGCCCAGCUCAUUUUAUGUGGCGUAAUUAUUUGUGUAUUUCUAUACUUACUAUUAUAAUAUCAACUCUAUUGAAUGAGUUUAAUAAAAUCAUUAAUUGUCUAGCGAUAUACUUGUUACCUGUUCUUCUGCUCGUUACUAAACUAAGCUAAGAAACUAAUUCUAAAUUUAAACUUAGGAUUAGAAGAGGAAUAAAGGGACAUAAUAAUAAUAUUAAUAAAAAACAUCUGUAAAAAGUCUGUACAAUUUUUUUUCACAAUUAAUUGUACAUAUUUCAGUAAUUAUUAUUGGUAUUAUUUCUAUUUCUAUUAUUACAGAUAUGAUUAUCUAUGUAACACAAUAUGCACUAAUAUCUCAAAUUGUAUACACUUUCUUACGUUAUUCCAAAGAGAAGUGUAGUGUUUUCUCGAUAAUAUACGUUAAUCAAUCAUCAACUUCAAAAA